GGGCUGAGAGCAACAGCCAGGCUCGGCGCCGGCAGGAAGCGACCACGAGCUGACCGGAGUCCGACGCCUGAUGCCUGGGACUUCUCGAGCUAUGAAACCUACACAGUGGAACGCCAUGAUGCUUCUCCUGCCAGGCAUGUGAUGAGAAGAGUUUGGCUUUGGAGUGCUGGCAACCUGAGCAGUUGCUGAGGACUCAGAGCCCAGUCCCGAACACUAGAGAGCCUAUAACACGAUGAACAAAUUGAAUUUCCAUAACAACAGAGUCAUGCAAGACCGCCGGAGUGUGUGCAUUUUCCUUCCUAAUGAUGAAUCUCUGAACAUCAUCAUAAAUGUGAAAAUUCUGUGUCACCAGUUGCUGGUCCAGGUGUGUGACCUGCUCAGGCUAAAGGAUUGUCACCUCUUUGGACUCAGUGUUAUACAAAAUAAUGAACAUGUGUACAUGGAGUUGUCACAAAAGCUCUAUAAGUAUUGUCCAAAAGAAUGGAAGAAAGAGGCCAGCAAGGUACGACAAUACGAAGUCACUUGGGGCAUUGACCAGUUUGGGCCUCCUAUGAUUAUACACUUCCGUGUGCAGUACUAUGUGGAAAAUGGCAGACUGAUCAGUGACAGAGCAGCAAGAUACUAUUAUUACUGGCACCUGAGAAAACAAGUCCUUCAUUCUCAGUGUGUGCUCCGUGAGGAGGCCUACUUCCUGCUGGCAGCCUUUGCCCUGCAGGCUGAUCUUGGGAACUUCAAAAGGAAUAAGCACUAUGGAAAAUACUUUGAGCCGGAGGCUUACUUCCCCUCUUGGGUUGUUUCCAAGAGGGGGAAGGAGUACAUCCUGAAGCACAUUCCAAACAUGCACAAAGAUCAGUUUGCACUGACUGCUUCCGAGGCGCAUCUGAAAUACAUCAAAGAGGCUGUCCGACUGGAUGACGUCGCUGUUCAUUACUACAGACUGUACAAGGAUAAAAGGGAAAUUGAAGCUUCACUGACCCUUGGACUGACCAUGCGGGGAAUACAGAUUUUUCAGAAUCUAGAUGAAGAGAAACAAUUACUUUAUGAUUUCCCCUGGACAAAUGUUGGAAAGUUGGUGUUCGUGGGUAAGAAGUUUGAAAUUUUGCCCGAUGGCUUGCCCUCAGCCAGAAAACUCAUCUACUACACAGGGUGCCCCAUGCGCUCCAGACACCUGCUGCAGCUUCUGAGCAACAGCCACCGCCUCUACAUGAACCUGCAGCCUGUCCUGCGCCACAUCCGGAAGCUGGAAGAAAAUGAAGAGAAGAAGCAGUACCGGGAAUCCUACAUUAGUGACAACCUGGACCUCGACAUGGACCAGUUGGAAAAGCGGUCUCGGGCCAGCGGGAGCAGUGCGGGCAGCAUGAAGCACAAACGCCUGUCUCGUCAUUCCACCACCAGCCAUAGCAGCUCCCAUACCUCAGGCAUUGAGGCAGACACCAAGCCCCGGGACACAGGGCCAGAGGACAGCUACUCAGGCAGCGCCAUCCACCGCAAGCUGAAGACCUGUAGUUCAAUGACCAGCCAUGGCAGCUCCCACACCUCGGGGGUGGAGAGUGGCGGCAAAGACCGACUGGAAGAGGACUCACAGGAUGAUGAAAUAGAGAUGUUGGUUGAUGACCCCAGGGACCUGGAGCCUAUGAAUGAAGAGUCUCUAGAAGUCAGCCCAGACAUGUGCAUCUACAUCACAGAGGACAUGCUCCUGUCCCGGAAGCUCAAUGGACAUUCUGGAUUGAUUGUGAAAGAAAUCGGUUCUUCCACAUCCAGCUCCUCAGAAACAGUAGUCAAACUUCGUGGUCAAAGUACUGAUUCUCUUCCACAGACUGUGUGUCGAAAACCAAAGACGUCCACUGACCGGCAUAGCUUGAGCCUUGAUGACAUCAGACUUUACCAGAAAGACUUCCUGCGCAUUGCAGGUCUGUGUCAGGACGCUGCUCAGAGUUACACCUUUGGGUGCGGCCAUGGACUAGACGAGGAAGGCCUCUACUGCAAUAGCUGCUUGGCUCAGCAGUGUGUCAACAUCCAAGACGCCUUUCCAGUCAAAAGAACCAGCAAGUACUUUUCUCUGGAUCUCACUCACGAUGAAGUUCCAGAGUUUGUUGUAUAGAGUUCACCUUCAGGCAGCCAUGCUGAAGGUGUUUGCUAGAGGCUAUGGAAGUCCUAGAUUCUUUACAUAUUACUUGUGCCAUAUUUUUUUCACCACAGACAUAACUCUUUCUUUAUAAUAUUUGUGAUGGAAUCAAAAGCCUUGGGACAAUUGCACUUUAAGUAUUAUGCAGAGGUAAAAGAACUACAGAGAAUGUACAGCAAGUCAAGGGCCCACAUGUUUAUUGACCCUUUGGAAGGAAAUGUGCUUUACUGUCACUGUGGUGUGUUUGUUCAUCUGUUGUUUUUCAGUUCACGUACAUUUUUUAUCACAUGGAAGGAAGGUGUUAGGCUUAUUCAUUAGCUUGUAAAUUUUCUUUUUUACUGCUUCCUCAUGAAAUGCUCAUGGUUUGAGGGAAAAGGGAGGCAGGUUCUCUCUUCUUUUAAAGGAGAGACCAUUGCUUAGUAUAUAGCCAUUGCUGCCUCACUGAGGCUGUCCCAAAGUGAACACUAGCAAAGUGGUCAAAGUCAUGUGGUUCUCGCAAGCCAAAGAUGUGCUCACAACAGAAGCACCCCGCUCAGAGCCAAGAAGACAUGAAUUAAGCAAUAACCAGAAGACUGCAUGCUGUGAUCCUUGUGACUCCUUCACGCCUGGUCAGUGCUGUGUCCUCCUCUUUGCUCUUCUGGGAAGCACUGGGAUUCAGUCGAGUUCCUCAUCUAAGUAAGAGAUGAAUUGUGCUCGUGACAUAGUGUAUUUUGUGGGUUUACAAAACCCGUGUUGUUAAAAUGAUGGAAAUGUUUUAGAAAAUGUUUGUGCUUGGUGGCGUUUUGUUUUUAUUUUUUUAAUUAUCAAGAACAAAUUAUGGCAAUGAUAGCUUCUGCUUAACCAAAAUACUCAGAGCAUAUGUAUAUGUAUACACGGGUUGUAUGUUUGUGUUUAAAACUUAGUAAUCCUUCAUUUUGGCUUCUAUGAUUAUCUUACAUACAUAGAAUUCCUUGUUUAGUAUUGAGGCUACAUUGCUGAGUGAAUGAUACCUACAGACAAUCACUUGAUAUAUAGAGCGUUAAGAAUGACUUUCUUCUCAUGUGCCUAUGGCCAUGAUUCUCAACCCUGGUUGCAUAAUAUAAUUAUUUGGGAGCUUUUGGAAACAUAACAAUGCCUGGACCCCACCCCCAACCAGUUAACUCAGUCUCUUAUGGGCAGGCCCAGGCAAAAUUGCCUUUUAAGGUUUUUUAGUUGGAUGAAUAUGCAACAGGGCUGAAAACCACUGUUCCAGAGGAUGUCUUUGUGUUAAUUUUGAAAUAAAAGUAUGCAGAAGAUGUUGAUGGAUGAGAAAAGGCCAUUUUUAAGACAGUUACUGCUGUGCUGCUGUGAUGAUAUGUAAUGAAAAUAAGUCAGGAAAAUGAAUUUAUCAACCUUUUGAUAAAGGUUGAGUGUUGCUCAUGCUUCAGGAGAGAACUUCAUAGCACAAUGUCUUUCUAUGAGAUGUUUUUAAUGAUUUAAUAUUUUACAACAUUUGUUUACCAUAUUUUGAUACACCAUUUUUGCUAUCUGCCAGGUUUUAUUAAAAAAAAACUAUAUAUUAUUUUCUAAAGAAACAGUCAUAUUUUUGUACAAAAUUACGUUUUCAGACAACAAGGAACUAGAUUUAGGGUACAGCAGAACUGAAACAGUGUUACCCGUGGAUGGACGUCAGCAUUAUUAAAUAAAUGGAGCCCCAUCCAGCUUCCCCCGUGUACCACACAGGGUCAGCAGAAACUCCUCGUUAGCCUCACGCGACUCUUUAAAAGGAAAAAAAGGUCUGUAUAGUUCUGUGGUCAUGAGAUUAUUUUGCUUUUGUCAAAUGCUUUAAAAGAACCAAAGUUUCAGAUAUCAGACUGUGUAAAAGUGUCUCAGUCUCUGUGUGAAAGGGUAAAAGCAUGGCAGAAUCAUUGAAUGACUGUCUUGCUUAUUGUCAUUCAGUGGUCCAGAAUUUCUUACAGGUGCCUAAGAGACAAAUCCUGGUUUGUACUGUAAAGAGCCUAGAUAAUAAUGCAGUGUGCAUUUCCUCAGCUCCUAGCAUUUCUUGCAAACAUAAGGAAAAAAAUGUUAUUUAAUUGAACAGGUAGUGCUUUGUACUUAUUUUCUCUCUACUUCAGCCAGAAUCAGGUCUUCAGGGUCUUGCCCACAUUGUUGGUGGCUCUGCACACCCUCUUUCUAAUUGGAUAAAGUGAAAGAUGCUAGAAAACAGUUUUGCUUUUUGAUCCUCUGGUGGCAGCAAAAUUAUAUAUACAUAUGUAUAGGAGAAUCCUCUUUGAAUAAUCUACAUUUUUGUAUUUGGAAAUUGUUUUAAAAAAUAAAAAAGGAAAAGAAAAGUAUAAAGCUGUUAUUUAUUCUGCAUUUGUUACAUAUCCAUUGCUAGUAAGUGUACCAGUUUGGUAUAUAUUGCCUCCACAUGUCAUCUACAAUUGUAUUUGCAACAGUGAGCUUAUAUCU